ACCAAGGGCGAGAUCGGGCGCUAUGUGGCCCUUAGCCACUGCUGGGGUCGCAACCCCGUGGUCCGCACGCUCCGGGCCAACAUCCGCGACCACAAGGAGAACAUCCCCUGGCCGUCCCUGUCCAAGACAUUCCAGGAUGCCAUUAUAUUUACCUGGAGGCUGGGCUUCCACUACCUCUGGAUCGACAGCUUGUGCAUUAUCCAGGACGACCCGGACGACUGGGCCGAGCAGGCAUCACGUAUGGCGCAGGUCUUCUCUAACGCGCAGCUUACCAUCGCCGCGUCGCGGGCCGCCGACGGCGCCGGUGGCUGCUUCACACGGUAUGCAUCAGAGCCAUUCACCUUGAUCAAGCAUGGCCUGACCCGCGCACCGCUGCUGCAGCGGGCAUGGGUGCUGCAGGAGCAGGUACUGAGCCCGCGGCUGCUGCACUUUGCCUGUGGCGAGCUGUAUUGGGAGUGUGUAUCGCACGUCGCCUGCGAAUGCCGCGGGUGGGAGCAGCGCGCCGAGUCACUGCAGUCCGAGACGCGGCUGCGCAAGGCCCACGGACGCCUGGACUUCGAAGCCUACCGCACCCUCGUCGAGCAAUAUAUGGACCUGGACAUCACAAACGAUGCCGACCGCCUACCGGCACUGUCGGGAAUCACGUUUGGGCGGCCACACGACGAGUACCUUGCCGGGAUGUGGCGGAGCAUGCUUAUAGAGUCGCUGCACUGGUCGCCUUCUCGCCGAGGCGCGGAACGGAGGGCGUAUCGGCCAGCUAUAUACCGGGCGCCGUCGUGGUCGUGGGCGUCGAUUGAGGGCCAUAUC